CAGGGGCAGUCCCACCGCGCCGGCCGCCCCAGACUCACCGCCCCGUCCCGGUGGGAAGCGCGGCUCGGGAAUCCCGGCUCGCGAAGCUGCCUCGCUGCCUCCCGCCGGCCUCGCCUCUCGGUGUUCUCGCCCCGGCGCGUUUCCCGGCUCUGUCCCGCUCCUGCCCGGCUGCCGGAGGAGGGAUGCUGGGAGCGGGGCUGGCGCUGGCGCUCUGCGCCCUGCAGCUGCUCCCGCCAGCGCUCGGGGGGGCCCGGCCGCGGGUGCUGGUGGAGCGGAGCGGUGUCCGCAGGCUGGGCAAGGUUGGUGGCUUUGCCUGGGAGAACUGUGGUGAUGGGAGGAACCCAGUGGUCCUACAGAGCCUUUCCGUGGCACCCGACCCCAUCAGCAUCCCAGGGAGCCUGCGCGUCAGCGCGGCCGCCAGCAGCAGCAAGACCAUGGCCUCCCCUCUGAAGGUGGUGACAGUGGUGGAGAAGGCGCUGGGUGAACUCUGGAUCCAGCUGCCCUGCAUCGACCAGCUGGGCAGCUGCACCUACAACGACAUCUGUGCUGUCCUUGACAACCUCAUCCCACCUGGCACCACCUGUCCAGAGCCUCUGCUCACCUACGGCAUCCCCUGCCACUGCCCCUUCAAAGCGGGCUCCUACUCCCUGCCAGCCAGUGACUUCCUCCUUCCUGAUGUGGAGCUGCCUUCCUGGAUGACCAAUGGCAACUACCGGGUCCGUGUGGAGGUCAGCAACGGCGGGCAGGAGCUCGCCUGUGUCAAGCUGGCCUUCUCCCUGCAGUCCCACUGAGGGGCAGGGGACCAUCCCUCCUCUCCCCACCACCUUGGUCCCCUGUCCCAUCCUGUCCCAUUGCACCCCAUCUUGUCCCACUCCGUCCCUGUGAGGUGCAUCACUCCCUCUGCCAGGAGGAGGCAGCCCCCAAACCCCUGCUCAGUGACCCCCUCCCCUGCUACACACAGAAGGGCCUCAGGCUGUCCCACUGUCCCCAAGCCCAUCAUCAGGGUGUCCCCUGCUCUGGACUGGGUGGCCAUGGAGAUAAUCCCAGCCUUUCAGCACUAAAGUACCUAGUUUCUCUCUUUUUUUUUUUUCUUAAUCCCAUCUAGGGAAUUUUAGGCAAAAACAUUCCAGGGAAAAGCAAUAUUUCUUGGAGCAGUCCAUGGGGGGGAAGGAGCAUUUGGGAGUGCUGGGGGCAGGCUGGAGGGAUGCAGGAUUAGCUCUGGAGGGUGUCCUAGCUUGCCCCACCGGCUCUCCGGCUGGAGCGUGGGGCUGUUUUGCAGAAGUGUCCCCAAAGUGGCCACAAAAAACCUGUUCCCAUCAUAGCAGCCCUGGCUCUGCCUUUGGUACAUUCCUGUGUGUAGGACCAGGCUGGUGACAUGAGGCACUGGUGAAGUCACCUCCCCAUGUCCCUCCUGGGACAAUCGUCACAACAGGACUGAAACUGCCCAAACCCCUAGUGGAUGUUCACACUCAUGAGGGACCAAGUGGCCGGUGGUGACAGGAGAGGUGGCUGGACACUGGCUUUGCUUGCUCCAGGGGGACACACAGCUGUGACAGGCAGCUAGGGCACAGCCUGACUGAGGACAAGUUCCAUCAUCUCAUUUUGCCUCUGGGACUGAGCCAAGGUAGGACACUGCACUGGGACCAUCCUUCCUAUGCACUGGCAGAGGCACCUUGGCCACAUGGAGCAACAUCCUGGACAUGGGAUGGACUGGGAGAUGACCAUCAAGACCAACAGCCCGGGGCUCAUUUGGGGGCCUGUUUCCUGGUCAUGGCUGGAGGUAGAGGCGUGGGCAGGUAGCAUCUUUCCUACCUGUGGCUACGGGCAUCACCCACCUGUGCCAGGCCCUGGCAGGGCAGAGGUGCAGGUGACACUCCAGCCACCUGCAUCCCUCGUUGAUGCUCACAGUAUUGACCCCCUCUGUAGGCCUGGUCUUCCUCCAAGCACUUUGAAUGCCUUAACUACUGCUGGGCUGCCCUGGUGGGAGGUCCUCUGCCACGCGUAUGUGCUCCCACCACCUUUCUGUGCCCUUGACUUGCUCUGUCUCAUCCUGUUGCUGGGUUUGACCUGGGUUCAUGUUGCCUGGAGAAGCUCUAACCCCCUCUCCUGUCUCCCCACUGCUGCAUAGUGCCCGUGCCAAGGUGACAUCCUCCUUUUGGGCAGAUACUGCAGGGUCUUAAUAAAACUUUUUACCAGAAA